GGGCCAGCCUCCGCGCAAGGGCUGAUUGGCUGACUCUAAUACGAACGACGCCACUAGGGGUGGGCCGAGGAAGGGCGCAAGCGCACUGCGUUCCGAGUCUCGGGACCCUUUUCCGAGAGACUAUGGCGCUCAACAAGAAUCACUCGGAGGGCGGCGGAGUGAUCGUCAACAAUACCGAGAGCAUCCUGAUGUCCUAUGACCAUGUAGAACUUACGUUCAGUGACAUGAGGAAUGUGCCAGACUCCUUCAAAGGGACCAAGAAAGGCACCGUCUACCUGACCCCGUACCGGGUCAUCUUUCUGUCCAAGGGGAAGGAUGCCAUGCAGUCCUUCAUGAUGCCGUUUUAUCUGAUGAAGGACUGUGAGAUCAAGCAGCCUGUGUUUGGAGCAAACUACAUCAAGGGAACAGUGAAGGCUGAAGCAGGAGGUGGCUGGGAAGGCUCUGCGUCGUACAAGUUUACCUUUAUGGCAGGGGGCGCCAUCGAAUUUGGACAGCGGAUGCUACAGGUGGCAUCUCAAGCGUCCCGAGGUGAAGCCCCCAACGGAGCCUAUGGUUACUCUUACAUGCCCAGCGGGGCCUAUGUCUUCCCCCCACCAGUCGCCAAUGGAAUGUACCCCUGCCCUCCUGGCUACCCCUGUCCACUGCCCCCAGCUGAGUUCUAUCCGGGACCUCCCAUGAUGGAUGGGGCCAUGGGGUACAUGCAGCCCCCGCCGCCGCCCUACCCUGGGCCCAUGGAGCCUCCGGUCAGCGGCCCCGAUGUCCCCUCCACUCCUGCAGCUGAAGCCAAGGCCGCCGAAGCAGCCGCCAGCGCCUAUUACAACCCAGGCAACCCACACAAUGUCUACAUGCCCACGAGCCAGCCUCCACCGCCUCCUUACUACCCCCCAGAAGAUAAGAAGACCCAGUAG